CUCCACCCCUCUCCCCGCUCAGAACUGAGGGCCCCCACACCACCUGGAGCUGGCUUUUUAAAGCAAGUCUUUUAAUAAAAACACUUUAUGUCAUUACUCUUCCAUUUAUGACAGCAGGAGUUCAGGACUGAGUAAGAGGAGAAGAAAUUUACCUAGCAGAAGUUGCUCUGAAUCAGAAGAAGCUUUGGACCCUCAAGUGACCAUUUGUUUUAGUUGGGAAGCUGGAUCCCUGCUUUUCCUAGCAGGCACCCAUAUCACAGGCCGGAGAAGUACUGCUCACCUCCAGAACCAGAGCUCUACAUCCGCCAUGUUGCCCUGUGGACCAGCUCUGUCCUUUAUUCGAUGUCUGGUGCGGAAGAAGAACAUCGAUGGUGAGAGUCUCGAGGACACCAAGUUGUGCCGAUGCUUAUCAACAUUGGACCUUAUAGCCCUGGGCGUAGGAAGUACCCUUGGUGCUGGUGUUUAUGUCCUUGCUGGAGAAGUAGCCAAGUCUGAUUCUGGACCUAGCAUCGUUGUUUCUUUCCUCAUUGCUGCCCUUGCAUCUGUGAUGGCAGGUCUCUGCUACGCCGAGUUUGGUGCUCGUGUUCCCAAGACUGGUUCUGCAUAUUUGUACACUUACGUUACAGUAGGUGAACUGUGGGCUUUUAUCACUGGCUGGAAUCUCAUUUUAUCCUAUAUUAUAGGUACAUCAAGUGUAGCAAGAGCCUGGAGCGGCACCUUUGAUGAACUUCUUGGAAAACGGAUUGGUCAUUUCUUCAGUGCCUACUUCAAAAUUAAUUACUCUGGGCUAGCAGAGUAUCCUGACUUCUUCGCUGUAUUCCUUAUAUUACUUUUAUCGGGUCUUUUAUCUUUUGGAGUAAAAGAGUCUGCAUGGGUGAAUAAAAUAUUCACUGCUAUUAACAUCUUGGUCCUAUUCUUCGUUAUGAUUUCUGGUUUUGUGAAAGGUGAAAUUGACAACUGGAAGAUAAGUGAAGAAUAUCUCAGAAACCUUACUGCAGUAACAGAGAACCGCUCAUCCUAUGAAAACGUGACGAGUAUGUAUGGGAGUGGUGGCUUUAUGCCAUACCAUUUCACAGGAACAUUGGCUGGUGCUGCAACCUGUUUUUAUGCUUUUGUUGGAUUUGACUGCAUUGCAACAACUGGUAUAGUAUUUAUAAGUGUGGGUAUAUAUGUUUAGCGUGGGGAGAUUUUUGCAAAAAAACCCCAAAGAAUCACAAACAAUAUAAUCUGUCAACUCUUAUUACUUUGUUUGCUUCCAAACCUCUUUCAAUCGAUGUAGAAUGAGUAUAAGUUCACUCCUGAACGUGGCUGUCUUUCUGGGAAGGAGAAAAUUCUGCUUGUUUUAUUCCUCUUCUAAAGGAAUGACUGCUGCUUUCUAAGUCUGGGAAGUGCUUAGUAUGCAAUUUUUCUGCUUGAAUAAUGUUAAUCACCUGCUCACUUUGACACUUCUCUGAGAUAAGGUUCUCUGUCUUCCCUAAUGGCUGAUAGGGAAUGAGUACAUUGAGAGUGUAGGUAAAUAAAAAUUAUGGGCUUGGAGUACUCUGAAUAUACAAUCUGUUUUAUAACCUUUAAUUUACCACUCUUUUAACACUAUUUCUGACAACAAAAUACUGAGUUUUGUGUGCCUCAGUUUCUUUUACUCAGGUUUUUAAAACUUCUAUUAUGGAUACAAUUCCCAUGACUUAGAUUAACAAGUCAUUUGUCUUUGAUGUUAUC